GAAGAAGAAGAAUAACCGCAACCCGGAAGUGCGCCGCACAGUGCUGACGGCUCCUUUCAUCCCGUCAGAGCUCCGCGUGUCUCUUUAACAUUUAAUAUAAACACAUUUGGACAUUUUGGUUCGUUGGUGCCGGCGGCCUCUGCUUCCCGACGGGUCGGAGUGAUGGAGGCGGCCCGGUUCUGCUCGUCGAGCCCACGGAGCGGCCUCUGAUGCGCCAUGAUCCCGGUGCCGCUGCUGGUGUGCGUGAUGGGCGGCUGGUGCGCCGUCUACCUCGCGGACACGCUGCUGAAGUUGUCGUCGACCCACCGGAUCCGGUACGAGUCGUGGCUGGCGAGCCGGGGGCUGAUGCUGUCCCCCUUCCACGUGAGAUGGCAGACCACCAUGUUCAACCGGCUGUUUGCUUACUGCGCGCGCAUCAACCCGCGGGCCCAAUACCUGUGGUUCAACAGCGGCCUGGCGUUCGGCGUCGUCUCCAUGGCGGGCUCCGUGGUGCUGCUCGCCAAGACACUGCAGCAGACGCUCGCUCAGAUGACCGCGGACGACCCCCGGCGGGUCGGAGGUCAGCAGGCGCUGCAGGUGGUGAUCCCUGGAGUCAACCUGCCCACCAGCCAGCUGGCCUACUUCUUCAUGGCCCUGCUGCUCAGCGGAGUUAUACAUGAGCUGGGCCACGCCGUGGCAGCACUGAGGGAGCAAGUCCGAGUCAACGGCUUCGGCAUCUUUGUGUUCGUGGUGUACCCCGGUGCAUUCGUGGACCUGUUCACCACGCACCUCAGCAUCAUAUCGCCCACUCAGCAGCUCCGCAUCUUCUGUGCCGGCGUGUGGCACAACUUUGUUCUGUGUGUGGCGGCGCUGGCCUUCCUCUUCCUGUUGCCCUUCCUGCUGCUUCCUGCUUACUCCACCGGCGGCGGCGCGCUGGUCACCGAGGUCGUCCAGGGCUCGGCGGCCGACGGUCCCCGGGGCCUGUCGGUCGGGGACAUCGUCACCGGGCUGGAGGACUGCCCCGUCUCGGGGGUGGAGGACUGGACCGGCUGCCUGUCUCGCCUCUCUCACGCCCCGCAGACCGGAUACUGCGUCCCCGGCGCCAGCCUGCAGCCCAGCUGGGCCCACGGCCGCGCGUUCAAGCGUUUGGAUGGAACGAUGGACUGCUGCAGCAACAACAGCCUCACUGACCUCUGCUUCUCUUACAUGAAGCUUCAGGGCAAGAACAGCAGAGAGAGAGAGUACGCCUGCAUGCCGGUGCGUAAGAUGGUGUCGGGGACGCAGGUGUGUCGCGUCGACGGCGACUGCGUCGACGGGCACGCCGCCCACGCCCGCGUCGACGCCGGCCACGCCCACGGCGUCUGCGUCACGCCGUCCCUGGAGAACCAGACGCGCUUCAUCCGCGUCACGCACCCGCCCAACACGCACAUGCUGUUCGUGGGCUACCCGCCGCACCUCCAGUACGCCGUGAGCCUGACCAACUUCCUCCCCCGCUUCGGUUUCCUCCACCUGGAUCUGCCCGUCUUCUUGGAGACCUUCUGCAAAUACGUGGUGUCCCUCUCCGGCGCGCUGGCCGUGGUGAACUCCGUGCCGUGCUUCGCUCUGGACGGCCAGUGGAUGCUGAACGCGCUGCUGGAGGCCACGCUGGUUACCGUGGUGACGGACCGUCAAAAGCGCGAGCUGAUCGGCUUCUUCCUGCUGCUGGCGGGCAGCGCCCUGCUGGCGGCCAACGUGGCGCUGGGCCUGUGGAUGGUCACGGCGCGGUAGCCACGGCGGUGGAUUAUAACCCCCCUCCGCCAUCGAACUGUGAGCGCCACGGGGCGCCACCAGGGGGCGCCAUCACUCAACCAUUUAAACCCUUUAAACCGACCUCCUUCCUUCUCGCCGCCGCCAUAUUUACUCAGAAAGCACACUAAACGAUGCACUUACCGCAGAGCACUGUCCCGUGACUGUUUACAAGAGACCGCACGACCUUCCAAACGUUAACGCCUGUGACGUGUUGCAAGUUUCAGAGAAACUUUUUUCUUUAUUUUCUUUUUGAGG